AAAUUUUGCCUUAGAAUUUCGAAUUUGAAGUGUCGAAAAGAACAAAUUAGGCACCAAAACAUUUUAGGAACUUACGAAUAUUAUUACUUUUAACAGUGCUUGUGCUAUCAUGGCUGAAUUGGGUCUGCGAGGGACGGCGCGGCGCGGGCGUGAGGCAUCAAGCGGCAAGCGGUCGGCGGCGUUCAGUGUACGUGCGUCCAACAGCGCGAGUGGUUGUACGGCAUGCGAGAAGCGGCUGGCAGAAUGGCCGAGCUCGAGUUCGAAGCGCCUCUCGCGCAAAUCGAAGAGGCAGACGAUUGUCUUUCCACCGCUGACUAUCCACAAAAAACCAUAAAUGGUAACGACAUACGUCUUAACAACAUUAAAAAUGUCAAAAGUGAAAUGGUCAAAAUGAAAACUGACUCCAACAAAAUAAAUGAUAAUGAGGAACCUAAACCGGUGAAGUGCAAACAGGACAAUAUUAUGCAAAACGGUGAAGGAGACAAUUUCACGGAGACUUUCUCCGGCUCACUGGAAGAUUUGGUGAAUACUUUCGAUGAGAAGAUCACCAAGUGUUUUGGAAACUAUGAAGAGAGCGUCGAGAAGUUGGCUCCAGUGCAAGUUCGCAGCCAGGAGGAGAUCAUGAACGAAUGCCAAAUGUGGUGGACGAUCACGGGAAACUUCGGAAACAUUCUUCCGAUUGACUGGACUAAGUCGUUCUCCAGGAAGAUGCAUAUCCCUACCUUGAAUCUUAAUGACAAAAAGAGUUCAAUGACUCCUGACGACGAGAUCCACAGCUCGGAGGAUGAGGCUGUAGCCUCAGACCUGGACAUGCACGCUCUCAUCCUGGGCGGGCUUCACCAGGACCACGAGUGCCCUGUCAAGACUGCUGAUGAGGUGAUCCAGGAAAUAGACGACAUGAUGCAAGACACUCCAUCAUCAGAAGGUGACAUCAUCGAGUACAACGAAGCUCUGGAGAAAGGGAAGGAGGUACUCAGCUCGCCGCUCUAUGAAGAUAAGCUGCGCACAUACUCGCUUGCUCAACUGAAUGAAAUAUUCAUGGAGUUGGAAGUCUUAAUCCGCGAGUUCUCGGAGACUCUCAUCGCUGAACUGGCUCUCCGUGAUGAACUGGAAUAUGAGAAGGAGCUGAAGAACACCUUCAUAUCUCUGCUGCUGGCUGUCCAGAACAAGAGGCGACAGUACCACAUUGAGAAGAAGAAGAGGCCACAGCCUCCACGGUCGCCCAAUCUGAGCGGUGGCCAUACUGAGUCUAAGUACUUGACUACGGUGAUACCGUUCCACCUAGACAACGGACCCCCGGACAACCAGUCGCUCCAAGUGCUCAUUAAGAUUCUGAAGGCGAUCAACGAGGACAGCCCGACCGUGCCGACGCUAUUAACAGACUACAUCCUAAAGGUCCUGUGUCCAACAUAAACAGCCCGCGACUCUAGCCAAUUGAAACAAUUAUUGAACACAUUCAACAUUUCAACAUUUGCACUAUACACAUGUAACAGGUUUUAGACCAUAUCAUUGUCUACACUGAUACUUUUGUUCACUUAGAAAUAAAUUUAUUCAAAUAGUUGUAAUUGACUGUUGUGAUAAGGGUGCGGUUUACAAUCUCUUCUAUAUUCUGAGCAUUUUUUUAACAUUAUAAUAUCUAAUAUUCAUGAUAUUGUUGCUCAGAAACCAAGGGGCGUCGGCUCAUAAAGUGUUGUUGAGGUUUUCGAUUGCAAAUUCUCAGUAAUGGAAUAAAAUCUUCAUUUGGGCUCGGUUUUAUAGCAAUAACUUCGCCCCUUAAGAGUGCAAUUUAUAACAUAACUGGUGAAGAGUGGACAUUUAAGCCUCGUCCCCUCUAAGGAACAUUUGUCGAGCGACAUAUGUCCCCAGAGACAUCGGGCGACGUCGGACGACAUCGCCGCAACAUUGUUGACUGUGCGACAAGCAACAGUUUCAACGAGACGAGGCUUUAAAAUGUGCGCCUUGUCCUACAAAAAAGACAGAUGUUAUGUUAUGAAGAUCUAAAGCACCUUUAUCGAAACUGUCUAAAUUCAUAUUUCAAAUAGAUUAAAUAUUUCAAUAAAUAAAAAUUGAUAUUACAUAAAAUAUUCAUCGUGUAUUGAUAUUAUUAAAGGAAACACAUUUUACAAGACAAUUGAUAUCCUAUUAUUUUAAUUUGCAAUGUUAUGUUGUAUGCAAUAAGAGCCAUAUUUUGUUGGGACACCAUAGUUGUACGUGGCAUCUAAUCUGGUGGCAACAUGGUUGCGCAACUUGUUGCCGGCGACCAAGUUUGUGUCUAAAGAUAACUGGGUUGCGCGCGACAAUGGUGUUCUAAUGAACAUGAGCCCAAGUAUCGAACAAAAAUAUUGUUGUUCUGUUGAAAUGUUCAAAUCAUUGCCAUAACAACAAUUCUUUUGGUGAUUUAUUCCAAUUUGUAAUAUAAUAUACUUCAACUAUAUAUAUCUUUAUUUGCAUAAAUGAACUGUGAUAUCAUUAAGAUAGUUUUAAUUAUUGCUUCCUUUAAGAUUUACAUGAAUAUUUGUUAUUUUAAAAUAUCUCUCUCGAACAUUUUAUUAUUAUAUUUAUUUUAGAUUUUUAAUAUCGUCAUUACAUCAAUUGUCACCGGCAGAAUGUGAAUUCAUUAUGUAAAUAUUUUUAAAAUUAUAUAUGUAACAUUGAAAAGUGGAAUUGUCCUCUCAUAUUUAACGUUUAGCUAAUUUAAGAUACGUAGGUAUUCAGAAGAGGCUUGUAAAUAGUUUAAAAUAUCAGCUUCUAUUAUUCUUAGCUUUAUUUUUAUUUUACUGACUGCUUCGGUCUCGGGCUUGGGUGUAAUUCCAUAAUAUUAUUACCGUUUUUUAAAUUUUAGAAACGGUAAUAACAGUUUGGAUUCUUGAGCGUCUGGACUUAUCCCCGGGUUACAGCAAUAGGCUCGCCCCCUAUUACACGAAACUCACACCUGUAUAAAAGUGUUCCAUUCAAUAUGUGCACUAUUUAUCUUCGCGGGGAACGAAAGGGCGUGAUGUUAUUUUAACUAUUGACUUCAAUUUUUAGUAUAAGAACAUCGAAUUAUGUUUUUCAAUUAGUAUUUAGCUUCCUAAUUAUAGUGUGCCCGAAAUAAACCAGCUAAUGUUUUAUAGUAAUUCCAAUAAUCAUGAAAUUUUAGAUUACAUUGUUAGAUUUAAGUUGUAUCUCUAGUCUCAACAUAUAGUAGUCAUAUUUGUUGUUACUUUAAUCAAUGGCAGGAAGCUUGGAUGUUGAAAUAAAAUAAAUAAUCGCAUGAUAAACGUACGUAAUAACUUGUUGUGUGGUCAGAAACAUUUUGUUCUAUGUACGAGAAGGUCCGCGCAUUGGUUUACGAUGUAUGCUUUGUCGCACAUUUCAAUUUUGAAUAGUAGGAUCACUUUGUGCAUAGUAAAGUGUUGGACGAAUGGAAUGGACAAGGUACUCAAUAAUUUAUAAGUUCGGUGGUUAUUUAACUUGAAAACAUUAUAAUUAUCGACUUUUUAAAUAUUGACGUAAUAGGUCUGUGCAGACGGGCAACUUUUUUGUCGCUUACAAACUAUAUCGAGUAACUUGUCUACGCAAGACUAAGAGCGACCCAUUAAGCAGUUAAGUUAUAUUCUCAGUGGAUUAUUUUGAAAAGCCAAAAUAAAAUUGGUGCCAGUAACAAAAGUCGCUCGUCUGCACAGUUCUCAAAUAUUUAAAUAUUUUAAACAUUACUAAAAUAACUUUGUAUAGGUACGUGUGUACCAACUGGUUUGAUUGUAUCUGUAUCGUAUUGUAAUAGAUGUUGCCUAUCGUACGCCUAAACCUGGCUUGAACAUUAUACAUUUUGUGAACACAUUGUAAGUACCUGGUCGAAAUAAAGGAGCUUGAAUGAUA